AUGGCAAUAAAUAAAAUGGCCGCUCUUUUGGACAAAAUCGGAAAGAUAUUCAAAGGGAGUAACGGCUCGACUGAUGUCAAGCGAAAGAAAGUCUAUCAUAACAUCCGUUUCAAUGAAAAUCCUGAAGACUUUUGGACAAUAAUCGGUGAAUUAGGCGACGGAGCCUUCGGGAAGGUGUAUAAGGCUGAAAAUAAAGAGAGUGGUAAAUUAGCCGCCGCUAAGAUAUGCGAACUCAAAGGCGAAGAUGAAUUGCAAGACUUCACGGUUGAGAUCGAUAUAUUGGCCGAAUGUCGGCACCAAAAUGUGGUCGAAUUACUCGAAGCCUUCUUCUAUGAGGGAAGACUUUGGGUUCGUUUCCAUUCAUCACUUAUGUUGAUUGAGUUCUGUGAGGGCGGAGCUAUUGACUCAAUUAUGAUUGAUUUGGAAAAACCAUUGACCGAAAGCCAAAUCAAAUACGUUUGCCUUCAUAUGUGUAAAGGAUUAGAGUAUUUGCAUAAAAAUAAGAUCAUUCACAGAGAUUUAAAAGCCGGCAAUGUUUUGUUGACACUCGACGGAGAGGUCAAGUUAGCCGAUUUUGGAGUUUCGGCCAAAAAUAAACACACUCUUCAGAAAAGGGACUCAUUUAUUGGAACUCCUUAUUGGAUGGCUCCUGAAGUGGUAAUGUGUGAGACAUUUCGUGAUAAUCCAUAUGACUAUAAGGCAGACAUUUGGUCAUUGGGAGUGACACUAAUAGAAUUCGCUCAAAUGGAACCGCCGAACCAUCAAAUGGCACCCAUGAGGGUAUUGCUCAAAGUGCAGAAAGCAGAUCCACCCAAACUGGACAAGCCUUCCCUUUGGAGCAAACAAUUCAAUGACUUCUUAGCCUUUUGUCUCGUCAAAGAUCCCGCACAACGACCUAAUUCUACAGACCUGUUAAACCAUCCUUUCAUUAAGGAUUUUAGUGAUAAAAAGCCAAUUUUAGCCCUCAUUAGUGAGUAUAAGGCAGAGGUUGUCGAAGAAGUGGUCACCGAAGAGAAUGAAGACGAGAUUAUUGAGGAACCCAAUUCUGUUCGACAAACUGUUAUAAAGGAAUCUCAGAUAAAUACUGACGAAAAUGAGACGAAAAAUGAGAUAAAAUCAACUGAAGUUAAAGAAGUGGUUUCAAAAGCUGAAGAUUCACAUAAAAGUGUGGAUUUGAGUAAAGAAAGUGCUAAUAAAUCUGUCAAAGAAAAUGCAAUGUCUGUUACGAGCCAUACUCCCCAUCAGAAACGACAAGCGCCUAAACCCCCGCCAAUGAAUUCCAUUAUUGAGACCAACAAUUAUAAUGAAUCCAAUGUUACGAAUGAGACGAGUAUUGAAAAAGUAAUUGGGAAACCAAUUGAAGAGCAAAUUAAAGACAAUGAGAUUAAUGUGGAACCAAAUGUUGAAAUUAUUGGAACCGAUAUAACAGAAACGACUGAAACUAAUCAAAACGAAGAGUCAUUAAUUAGUGGCUAUGAAGUGACGGUAUCUUCAAAUCACAGCACAAUCAUUAAGACGUUAGAAGAUUCUAAUCCCGAUAUGUCUCACGUCUCGAUUGUUACCAUCGAUAACAACGGCAGAGACGUUAUGAUACAAACGACUAAUGACGAGACCUCUUCCGAGUCUGAUGUGACGAAUUCAGUGAAUUCUUAUAUGAAUGGUUCCAACGAUGAGGUAGUGAUCGUUCGCAACCCCACU